AUGUCCAACCCGAUCACCGGCCACGAUGCGGACCCCCGCCGGCCGAUCUUCAGCCCCACCAACGGCAUGCCCAUCCCGCGCUACGGCGACGCCUACAUCCCGCACGGCGGAUGGGCCGGCGCUUACGGAGGAGGCGCCGCCCCGGGCUACGGUAACUACUACCUCUACCAACCCAGCCCGUACUCUUAUCCCGCCGCCGCCCCGGUACCCUACCCGGGCUCAACGGCCUACGCGUGGCCGCACGCGCAGCCCGGCGCGUACGCCACCUACCCCCUCCAGCCGGGCGGCCAGGGAUCUUACGCGGCGCGCGCGGCGCAGGGCCUCCCCGCGCUGGACCCGCGCAACCCGGCGGCACAGCUGAGCAACUCGACAGGCGGCACCGGCUGUGAGCCGGGCUACAACUACUUCUUCCCGGCGGCGCACACCAAGAUCCACGUCUUCCGCACGGCGCAGCCGCCGUGGCAGCUGCCGGCCAACGCGCGGGUGCCUUUCGCGGCCUUCCACGUGCCCGUCGGCACCACGCUGGCCGAGCUGCUGCGCGGCUUCGGCGCGAGCAACCCGAACCCCAAGAAGAACAAGUGCUUCGAGAUCGUGCAGGCGGGCAACGGCCGGUGGUACAAGGGCCUCUGCUUCUCGGGCGACGACAAGGACAUGAUGAAGAAGUGCGUCGCAGACGUCGGCUGGGACGCGGGGCGAACGGGCCUGCCGGGGCAGAAGCCGGUGGUGUGCGUGUGGCUCGUCAAGGAUUGA